UCUGCAACAUUCUUCGAGGAUGCUGACCUUAAAUACGAUAAAAAUUCAACAAAUAAAGUAUUCAAAGUCUGAAAUAUCGGACGCAAAGUGGUUUUUCUUCUGUUUGCGAAGUACAUCAAAAUCUUGUGCAACUGUAAAAAGGAAACAAGUGAAAUAUGGCCAUCAAGGUGCCAAAGAUUCCUGUCUGUGGAGCGAUCGCUUGUUGUGGGGUGGCCCUGAUAUUUCAGCUUGUGGCUGUAGCGGGAACCGGCUGGUUCGCCCAUGAUUAUACAGAAAAUGGUCUAUUCCGUUCUUGCUACUUUGGCAGCUGUGGGAACCUUUCCGAGGGUCCAGACUGGUGGAAGGCAUGUCAGGCGUUCUCCAUCCUGGGACUGUUGACCAUCGCCGGAAGUCUGGUUCUUGGAAUUCUACAUGCUCUCCUGGAUAACACUAGAAACUUGUCUUUGGGUGGCAUUGCUUCGUCCGCUGCCUCAGCCUUAUUACUGGUAGCGGAACUUGCUGUGUUUGGUGGUAUGACAAACGAAGUUGCUGAGGAUAUCAACUAUGGGUAUGGCUUCAUCCUCUCUGUUAUCGCUUGUGUCCUCAGCGCCAUCGCCGCUGGGCUGUUUGCAUUUGGACUACGCAAGUGACAAGAAGACCCUUGUUUCUGAACAAAAGACCAAACAGAAUUUGUCACCAAUCGUUCAAUCCAUACAGUAAAUUGUCAUUAAGCAAAAAUAAGCUUCUUGCUUUUGUAACUUUUUAUGUGAAGUAAUAAAUAGAUUAUUUUUCUCAUUUAAGCACCCAGUGGUGCUAUUUUAUUCUUUAAUUAGAAGCACGAGCUUUGUAAAUAAUUGCAUUAAAACAUAUUACAGCUGCCUCAUUUUAAAGGUUGUUUACACGUGAUUAAGAUAUUUGUAAUGUAUCUUGAUACUUAUUAAACUUUCAUUUUCGCUCGAA